UUGUGCGAAAACAUGCCUUGCACUUGUACCUGGAGGAACUGGAGACAGUGGAUUCGACCUUUAGCAGUGGUCCUCUACCUGGUGUCCAUAGUGGUUGCGGUUCCCCUAUGCGUCUGGGAAUUACAGAAACUGGAGGUUGGAAUACACACCAAGGCUUGGUUUAUUGCUGGGAUCUUUUUGCUGUUGACUAUACCUAUAUCGCUGUGGGUGAUAUUGCAACACUUAGUGCAUUAUACACAACCUGAACUACAAAAACCAAUAAUGAGGAUUCUUUGGAUGGUACCCAUUUACAGUUUAGAUAGUUGGAUAGCGUUGAAAUAUCCCAGCAUUGCAAUAUAUGUGGAUACCUGCAGAGAAUGCUAUGAAGCUUAUGUAAUUUACAACUUUAUGGGAUUCCUUACCAAUUAUCUAACUAACCGGUAUCCAAAUCUGGUAUUAAUCCUUGAAGCCAAAGAUCAGCAGAAACAUUUCCCUCCUUUAUGUUGCUGUCCACCAUGGGCUAUGGGAGAAGUAUUGCUGUUUAGGUGCAAACUAGGUGUAUUGCAGUACACAGUUGUCAGACCUUUCACCACCAUCGUUGCUUUAAUCUGCGAGCUGCUUGGUAUAUAUGACGAAGGGAACUUUAGCUUUUCAAAUGCUUGGACUUACUUGGUUAUAAUAAACAACAUGUCACAGUUAUUUGCCAUGUAUUGUCUCCUGCUAUUUUAUAAAGUACUAAAGGAAGAACUGAGCCCAAUCCAACCUGUUGGCAAAUUUCUUUGUGUAAAGCUGGUGGUUUUUGUUUCUUUUUGGCAAGCAGUAGUUAUUGCUUUGUUGGUAAAAGUUGGCGUUAUUUCUGAAAAGCAUACGUGGGAAUGGCAAACUGUAGAAGCUGUGGCCACAGGACUCCAGGACUUUAUUAUCUGUAUUGAGAUGUUCCUCGCUGCCAUUGCUCAUCAUUACACAUUCUCAUAUAAACCAUAUGUCCAAGAAGCAGAAGAGGGCUCAUGCUUUGAUUCCUUUCUUGCCAUGUGGGAUGUCUCAGAUAUUAGAGAUGAUAUUUCUGAACAAGUAAGGCAUGUUGGACGGACAGUCAGGGGACAUCCCAGGAAAAAAUUGUUUCCCGAGGAUCAAGAUCAAAAUGAACAUACAAGCUUAUUAUCAUCAUCAUCACAAGAUGCAAUUUCCAUUGCUUCUUCUAUGCCACCUUCACCCAUGGGUCACUACCAAGGGUUUGGACACACUGUGACUCCCCAGACUACGCCUACUACAGCUAAAAUAUCUGAUGAAAUACUUAGUGAUACUAUAGGAGAGAAAAAAUCUUCAGAUAAAUCCGUGGAUUCCUGAACAGUAUGGAAAAGCAAGCUGUGCAACUACUAUAUUAUAUCAUUACCUGGUAUCCCAUGGAUUUUGUGCUUGGGACAAACCAUAAAAGAUGGAAAAUGUCAACACAAAAAUAGCUGAAAGCCAGGUACAACUACUGGAUUUAUAUAUGUAAGUUUUGUAUAUCAAAAGUAAUUGGUCUAAAUUUCCUAGACUUAGUCUUGAUUUCUUAACAUUCGAGUAUCACAUACUCAAAUGGUAGACAAUGACCCCAACUAAAUCUUCCUGAUGUCACACUGCUUUAUCAAGAGGAUGGACAUUUUUUUUUAAAAAUCAGUACUUCCUACCACUGCUGCAUGAAUAUAAUGCUCUGGAAUUAACAGAAAGCAUAAUGCAGAAAUACAAAUUAGUGGAACUUAAUCAUGUGCCAUAUAAGCUCACCUAACAAACAAUUAUAUCUCUAUUUCUCAAAUGAAUGUCUUUCAAUAAAUAAGAAUUUAUCAUUUA